AUGGGAGCUUGGAGGAGUUAUGAGGACGCAAACUCUAUGUGGUCAACGACGACGGACUGUAUAAGAAAGGCGGCGAGAGAGGUGUUAGGGGUAUCUUCGGGUUGCUCCGGUGGUCACAAAGGAGACUGGUGGUGGAAUGAAGUUGUCCAAGGAAAAGUGGAAGCGAAGAAGGUAGCAUACAUGCAGUUAGUAGGUAACACUAGCGGGGAGGAAAGGAGGAUGAACAGAGAGAGGUAUAAGGUAGCUAGGAAGGAGGCGAAGCUGGUAGUCAUGGAGGCAAAGACAAUGGCUUUUGCUCGCCUGUAUAAGGAACCGGUGGACAAAGGCGGGGAGAAAAAGUUAUUCCGACUAGCUAAGGCAAGGGAGAGUAGGGCUAGGGAUCUAGACCAAGUGAGGUGCAUCAAACACGAGGACGGCAGAGUUUUGAUGGGGGAUGACCAGAUUAAGAGGAGGUGGCAGACCUACUUUUAUAAACUUCUAAAUAAAGAAAGGGAUCAGGAUAUUGUGCUCGGUGAAGUGGGAAAUGCCGACAAUCUCCAUGACUUUAGUUAUAGGCACAUUAAGGUCGAGGAAGUAAUGGAGGCAAUGCGUAAGAUGAGUAGGGGCAGAGCAACCGGACCAGACGAAAUUCUGUUCGGGUUCAUGCCGGGGCAUUCUACCACAAAAGCUAUCCACCUUAUUAGGAGGACGGUGGAACAGUACAAGGAUAGGAAGAAAGAUCUCCACAUGGUAUUUAUUGAUCUGGAGAAAGCGUACGAUAAGGUUCCUAGGGAGGCUCUAUAA